AUGAAUCAAUACGAUAAAGAUAGAUUCGACGUGUUUGUACAUCUCACAGAUAUUCCAAUGCUGGGAAAACAAUAUGUGCCAGGACUCUGGAGACAAAUCGAGGAUGGCAACAACAAUCAAUCGAACCAAUUCAAUGCACCACGUCCUUCCGCACAGACACCACCAAUAAAUCAAAGACCCUCACCACCAACAGUGAUGCUUGCUGGCACAAAUGGAACACCGAGCACUAGCGGCAGCAAUGCGGCUGUUGGAGGAAUUGCGCGCACGAUUGAGAAGCGAUCAUUUCCAAUCACAUCAUCUGACGAACCAUCGACUUCGACUCCUCAGGACCCACAGGCAAAGAUUCCACGACUAGGAAAUAAUUGGCAACGAUAG